UGCAUCAGGUAACAGCGUUAAGUGAACACUCAGUGACGACGUAUUUCAGGGCUGCUGUCAGUCGAAAAUAUGAGUGCAAUCGAAAUCAAAGGUGUCAUUCAGGCGAAGGAUGACAACGGCGAAGACGAAGACUGGGUUGCAGCUAAGGCUGCCUUUGACAGCUUGAAAUCUACAAAAAAGCCUCGACCUCCCAAACCUCAACAUGCGGUGACCAUCGCAGUAUCGUCGCGCACACUGUUUAACAUGGUGAAAGAAAGAAAAAUCUACGAGGAAGAGGGGCUGGAGAGGUACGUUGCAUACCAGCAACAACAUGAGAACGAGCCUCUGAUGCCCGGCGCAGCGUUUCCAUUUGUAAAGGCUUUGAUGACAGUGAACACUCGACUACGGGAGCUAUACCCUGACAGUGAGGAGCUAUUUGACAUUGUACUGAUGACUAAUAACCAUGCCCAGGUUGGGGUGCGCCUCAUUAACAGCAUCAAUCACUAUGAUUUAACAAUUGAGAGAUUCUGCAUGACGGGUGGAGAAAGCCCAAUUGGUUAUCUGAAGGCCUACAUGACCAACCUGUACCUCUCCAAAGACUCUGAGAAAGUGCAGGAAGCCAUUGAAGAAGGAAUCGCAGCUGCCACCAUGUUUACCUCUGACAACGAAAACCCACUGAGUGACACCCAGCUGCGGGUGGCCUUCGAUGGUGAUGCCGUCCUGUUCUCCGAUGAGUCGGAGAUCAUUGUGAAGGAACACGGACUAGACAUCUUCUUCGAACACGAGAAAAAGUUUGAAAACAAACCACUAGCACAGGGUCCCUUGAAAUGCUUCCUGGAAGCUCUUGGAAAGCUUCAGCGGAAGUUCUACUCCAAGAAUGAGCGGAUAGAAUGCCCCAUAAGAACCUACCUGGUGACAGCCCGAAGUGCAGCCAGUUCCGGGGCCCGGGUUCUUAAGACCUUGAGGAGCUGGGGCCUAGAGAUCGACGAGGCCCUCUUUCUUGCUGGUGCCCCCAAGGGGCCACUCCUGGAGAAGAUCCGCCCACACAUUUUCUUUGAUGACCAGAUGUUCCACAUUGAGGGAGCCCAGGAGCUGGGGACCAUCGCUGCCCACGUACCCUAUGGUAUAAGAAAAGAGUAGCAUAAAGGCAAAUGAGUCGAGCAGAGUCCAAAAGAAAAGUAAUACACCAUAUAGCCAGGGUAUCAAACACAAUGUGAAACACGCAAUGCUGGCAUUAACUGUAUUUGAGCUGCAGGGAUCAUUUUCUAGUCUAGUCAUCUCUCUCCUUUCUUUGGUGUUUACAGUUCAAAAGACAACAGUAAAAAUAUCUAGCAAAAAUAAUCUUAUCAAAAAUAAUCUCUCAAUUCUUAUGUAUAUAUUUAUUAUUUUUUCAUGAAUGUAAAAUUAGCUGUUUUUGCAUUUUACAACAGAAUGAAACAGAAAGCUUCCAGGUCUGCCCAAACUUUUCUAUGAGAAACAGAUUUACUUCUGCCAACAUGCCUUUCAGUGGAAACUUCUAAAUCUUUGGACAAUUUGCACUAAGUAGUACAAAUGAUGUGUAUAUGUAAGCCGAAUUAAUUCUAACGUCACUGUUUACAAAACAGAUGCAUGUUACAAAAAUAUGUUUAGCCUAACAUUUAAAAAAUAUUGAUGUAAUGUUUUUAACAUAAGCAGUGCCUUUUCCACAGUACAGGUGUUCUCUCCGUUCCCAUCUCCAUAGAUGUCCCUGGCUUCACUUCUUUCUUGUGUUCUGAACACUGUGGUUUGAAUUUGAAUCUUCUGCCUAUUCUGAGAAGAAUAAGUGUCCUUGUGUAUUUUUAUAACCUGUUCAUGACAGGGACUACUGUAGUGAAGAUUACGUUUGACCUAACAACUAUUUGACCAACUGUAAACAAUGCCCAAAAAUUUACACGCUUAGAUAUUUAUUUUAGUCAUUUCAAAGAGAGUAUCUGCUUGUCAGGAUUACUUUUUCACUGCACACUAAAACUCUAGAGAUAUUAUGUCUAAUCCUAUUG